CAUACGGCGUCGUCUUUCCCCUUCCCCUUUCACCAACAAUCUCUCUGCACGUCAAACCUCCUCUUCUUUCUUGUCUUUCCUCCACCAAGCUUUGAGCUUUCUAAAUUUUUUGCCAAUCUUUCUAUUUCCUUUCUCCUCUUCCCCAAAAAAUUCUCUCUUUAUUUUUCGUUUUCAGGAAUCAUCAAUACCUUUUUAGGCUCGAAUUUUAGCAGGGGUUAGCAGAUUUCGAGGUUUUGUUAAUUUAUCUGGUCACUGGGGGCAAGCCUAGUUUUUCAGCUCAUAAGAGAUAUUUGGAAUUGAAUACUGAGUAACAGGAUUAUCAUCUUAUGCUGCUUCUCAAGUUCUGGUGCAUAAUUAGUUUCUUCCGAUAAUGGCAGCCGUUGGCUCUUUGCAACUUCCCCAUCAUCUGGGAAUUUGCAAGAACCAUGCGCAUCAUCGCCGGUUUCGGAAUGAAAUUGGAGGGAACAAGCUGCAAAGCUUUAACACUAGGCUGUCCUCAUUUCUUGUGCAGCGGGACUAUUGGAGUCUUCACCUUUCAAAGAGAUUACAAGUGGACAGACAUGCUCUUUGGUAUAGAAACAAUAGGUUUAGGUGUAAUGCUUUCUUAAAACCAGGCCAGCCUGUUGACAUAACAUGUAUAAAGAAUGGCGUUAUAAGCGUAACAAGUUGUUUACAAAACAGACCUCUUGUCCUGAAGUUGAUUCCAGCUGUUGGAAUUAUUGCUUUUGGGAUAUGGGGUUUGGGACCGCUCUUGCGCCAAAGUAGAAACCUAUUUCCCCAUAAAAGUGAUAGUAGUUGGGGCAAGAGUAAGACAUAUCAUGUUAUGACCUCUUAUCUUCAACCUUUGGUGCUGUGGACUGGAGCAAUGCUUGUCUGCAGAGCAGUGGAUCCUAUGGUUCUUCCAACAGAAGCUAGUCAAAUUGUUAAACAACGACUUCUAAAUUUUGUGAGAUCACUGUCAACAGUGUUAGCUUUUGCUUAUUGUUUGUCAAGUGUGAUACAACAUACGCAGAAGUUUUUCAUGGAGACGAAUGAGUCCUCUGAUGCAAGAAAUAUGGGCUUCCAGUUUGCUGGAAGAGCUAUAUAUACUGCAGUGUGGGUUGCUGCAGUGUCAUUGUUCAUGGAGUUGCUAGGUUUCUCUACUCAAAAGUGGCUCACUGCUGGAGGGCUUGGGACGGUCUUGAUCACUCUUGCUGGUCGUGAGAUCUUCACUAAUUUCCUUUCAAGUAUAAUGAUCCAUGCAACUCGACCAUUUGUCCUGAAUGAAUGGAUUCAAACAAGGAUUGAAGGUUAUGAAGUUUCUGGAACUGUUGAGCAUGUGGGUUGGUGGUCACCAACAAUUAUAAGAGGUGAAGAUCGUGAAGCUGUUCAUAUACCAAACCACAAGUUCACUGUUAAUGUUGUGAGAAAUCUCACCCAGAAAACUCAUUGGCGUAUAAAAACUCACCUAGCAAUCAGUCAUUUGGAUGUCAGUAAGAUUAAUAAUAUUGUAGCUGAUAUGCGGAAAGUUUUGGCAAAGAAUCCUCAAGUAGAACAGAAGAAGUUGCAUAAAAGAGUAUUUCUAGAGAAUAUUAAUCCUGAAAACCAGGCCCUCUUGAUCCUGAUAUCUUGCUUUGUGAAGACCUCACACUUUGAAGAGUACCUCUGUGUCAAGGAAGCUAUCCUGUUGGAUCUUCUCAGAGUCAUACGACACCACCGAGCACGAUUAGCCACUCCAAUCCGUACAGUUCAGAAAGUAUACAGUGAUGCGGAUUUGGAUAACAUACCGUUUGCAUCAGAUUCAGUAUUUAAUCAAGGAGCAGCAUCGAGCCGCCCACUGCUGCUUAUUGAGCCUCCUUAUAAGGUCAAUGGCGAGGAUAGGACAAAGGCCAGACCAUUGCGCGAGGAAGACGUCAAGGGUAUAGAGCGCUCAGCACCUGACAACAAGGCUGAUUCUAAAUCCCGAGAAACACCAGCAUCCAGCUCUAACGCAAAUGACAUAUCAACAUCUGACUCAAAGCUUGGUCAAGUUUCGAAUGUUGACAUCAAAGAGGACCAUAAAGUUAUAGCCAAGACUUCAUCUGAUCCCAAGCCGGGGAGUAAGGCGACUGUGAAAACAACCUCAAAGUUGCCCUCCAAACCUGACCAGAAGUCAGCUGAGGUGUCAAGUUCUGAUUCCAGUGACCCACAACCUAAGAAAGGAAACCUCGAAAACGUUUCCUUGCCCAAUACUGACAAUUCCUCAUUGUUGCCAGAAGACUCGAGAGACAAAACAGACAGUGUGCCAUCAACUUCUCAAUCAAAAAGAGGGGACGAGAAAACAGACAGUGUGUCAUCUACUUCUCAAUCAAAAAGAGGGGAUGAAAGACCAUUAGCCUCGCAGUCAUCCUCAUCAAAACCCGCCCUUGAAGAGAAUAUAGUCCUCGGUGUUGCCUUGGAGGGUUCAAAGAGAACCCUUCCUAUCGAAGACGGGAUGGAGCCACCACCAAAUUCAGCAGAAGCAAAAGAAUUGGCCAUGUCUCAUAGUAGUAGUAAUGGUUCGGUAGAAAAGGAAAAAAAGCAACAGAGUCAGCGUCCAAGUAAUCAUCCAGGUUCUGGUGAUCAGUUGGGUCAGCAGGAAUGAUUAAUGUUGUGUCCUAUUGAUCCCUUUCAAUAGAUUUAUAAUCAUUUUGGCAACUAUUUUAAACAUCAUUCCUACGGUUAUACAUACAGAAUUUAUUGGUAUUUCUAAUAUUUUGUAAUUAGUUAAUUUUAUAUUGCACA